AUGAACGUAGUGCGCAAUGCAGUGCGCCCUGCACUCCGCUGCCGCGCCUACGCCACCUACGUCCCGCCAGCAUCGCUGAGAGACGUUCUACCGGGGAAGUCAGGUUCCAAGAAAACGCCACCCGAGUCUCCCAACUUCUACACCGGCAGCGCUGAGUACUACGACCAGCUCAAUGGCCUUGAAAACGCCGUGCACGACACGCGUACGGCUCUCAAGACCUUGCAGCUCCUCCCGCUCCCGGCCUUUGCUCGCAGUGCCAUCCCGCCUGCGCAACCCGUCUGGCAGACGAAGCGGGACAUCGCGGGCAGGAUGACCACGCCCCUCACCAUGACGCGGUAUCGCCGUCUCAUACAAUUGCUCAACCAAUUGGACCAGUACCGGCGGAUAGCAGAGGUCGCAGGCGUAGACGUGCUCUCAUCAAAAGUCGGAGACGUGCUGUCAGUGUUCGAGAAGGCGAAUAAGGAGGCCAUCCUUGCGCAUGGCAGGAGGAAACCUGUGGAGUUCGACGAGUAUGGACGGACCUACACGCUUGGUCGAAGGAAAACUAGCACUGCUCGUGUCUGGACCAUCGCCGUGCAAAGACCGCCAGAGGUCUCCGAGGAGGUGGAUGCCAACGAGGAGCCCUUGCCGCAAAUCGAGUCAACCGUGACGUCCGCCAUCGACAAUACCCCGCCGAAGCCCGUCCAGGUCACCACGACCAAUGUCAUCAUCAACAACCGACCGCUUGUGGACUACUUCCCCCAGUUGCCAGACCGCGAGCGGGUGAUCCUCCCCUUCAAAAUCGCAGGCCUCGUCGGUGCCUACAACGUGUUCGCCAUCGUGCGUGGUGGCGGAUCUACUGGGCAGAGCGGCGCUGUAAGCCUGGGUAUUGCCAAAGCCCUGGCAGCCCACCCCCCGACGUCGAGCCGCUCCUACGCAGAGGUGCCGAAACUGUUGCGCCGUGAUCCUCGUAUGGUCGAGAGGAAGAAGACGAACCGGCGCGGUGCUCGCGCAGCUUACAACUGGAUCAAACGGUGA